AUGUCGUCGACUCAACCUCCUACAGUCAUGUCCACUGAGCAGACAUUAGAAGAGCAAAGGAACAUCGACGUCUGCAAACAAUACAUGUCUGUGGCAUACUCACCCGAACACAACAAAGGUGGCGCAUCAGUAGAACAUCUCUGCCACGCCGACAGCUGGUUCUGGUCUCCCUCGACCUUUCCUAACUGCGAAACACCAAUGGCCUACGCCGACUCCCACGCUCACGUAAUGCGCUCCGUACCCAACCUCCACAUCCUCCGCUACGACCAGUGCUUCGCCAGAAACGGCCAUGUUCUACUACGCUACACUGCUGAGGGCGCCUUCAAGGGCGAGCCAUACAUGGGCAUCCAGCCUAAUGGCAAUCAUGCGCGCUGGAGCGCUGCUGCUAUAUUUGAGGUAGAGGAUGAGAAGAUAAAGAGUUUCACGAAGGAUUGGGAUCAGAAGGUCAUGCAGAUACAGCUUGGUUGGGCUCCUGUAGAGAAGAGCGAGAACCCAAGGUGGAGUCUAAAGGCGCUCAAGGACCCGGAGGGCAGCAGGAGAAAGGCGUAG